AUGUCUGUUUUCUUCAAAGACAUCUCCACGGAUAAUCCCGUACAGAAAGGCGACGUCGAAAAGCUACUCGAGCCACUCGGUUUGACAAUCAAGGCCGAGGAGUCGGCCGAUUACCAGAGACUGCUUGCUGCAGUUCACGAUUGUGCAACCAGGAUCGACAGCCUGCCAGACUACCAGCCGGUCCCCGACACGAAACGAUACCCUCGAGAGAAUGUACAUACACCUACGGCAGAAGAACAAGAGUUUGGGCAUGCGUGGGCACAUCGAUUCUUGAUCAGGGGCGAUAAGUCAGCUUCUGAUUCCUCUUCAGUGUGCCUGAAAGGCAAGACUGUAUGCUUGAAGGAUUGCAUUGCCGUAGCAGGCGUUCCGCAAUUCUUUGGCAGUGAUGCUUUCCCUCCUUGGACGCCAUCGACAGACGCGACAGUCGUUACACGGGUACUGGAUGCCGGAGCCGAUAUACUAGGCACUGCUACAUGUGAGCACUUUUGCAACUCGACGGCAUCCUUCACCAGCGCGCAGGGCACGAUCGAGAACCCUUAUAAGGAAGGCUACUCCACCGGCGGCAGCACCUCUGGGGGUGCCGCCCUUGUUUGUUCUGGAAAGAUCGAUAUUGCAUUGGGCACAGAUCAAGGCGGUAGUAUCCGUGUUCCAGCUUCAUUUUGCGGCUGCGUCGGUGUGAAGCCUACCCACGGCCUAGUGCCAUUCACGGGAGUCACAAGUGGCGAUGCCAUCGACGACCAUGCAGGGCCCAUUUGCCGUUCAGUCACAGAAGCUGCUCAGUGUCUUGAUGUGAUCUCCGGAUACGACGGCAUCGACGACAAAUCUCUUGGCGCUGCAGCUCAUGGCUCCUACAACUUCUCUGCUGCUCUAUCAGCGAGCUCCGGUCGUUUGGAUGGAUUCAAGAUUGGCCUUUUGAGAGAGGGCUUUGAUCAAGAGAUUGUUGACCCCAAAGUCAAAGAACAUGUCCUUUCGGCCGCCCGCAAAUUGGAGGCUUUGGGAGCAAUCGUCGAGGACGUAUCUGUCCCUCUUCAUCUGGAAGGCCCUUCAAUAUGGACAAUACAACAACGUAUUGCGGGCUCGUCGGGGAUUCUGGGGAGAGCUUCGGGACACAGAGGUCUUGGUCUGACUGAGUUUGAAAAGGCACGGCUGCCCUGGAUCGACUCGAGCUUUCAAAAGCUCUUCCCCUCCACAAAGAACACAUUCAUCAACGGCUUGUAUCUUUCGGACAAGUUCCCGGGUCUCUACAGCAAAACGGUCAACAUCGGUCGGCAGAUUAGCGACGCCUACCAAAGUAAGUUUCAAACGUACGAUGCGAUAAUCAUGCCAACGACUCCUUUCGUGGCACCGCGACAUGGGUCUCGAGAGUCAGUGUUAGGUUCAUUUGAACCCACCAUAGGAUUGACCACCAAUACCGCCGUUUUCAACGUGACCGGGCAUCCAGCAUUGUCAAUUCCCGUGGGCUUCGUCGCUGCUAAAGAUGACGCCCAGGUUUUACUUCCUGUAGGCAUGCAAAUUGUCGGAGGGCUAUGGCAAGAAAAGAGGAUUCUCACCAUUGCACAUGCGUGGGAGACCAACUUUGACUGGAAGAGCGUCACGAACACCACCGAAGCUCCUGAGUCUGUUCCGGAGACCCUGAUAACGGGCUCAAACGUCAAAGUCAAUGGCAGGACAAUGCCUGAGGUGAACGGCGCAACUUCACCAAAUCUUAAGCGCGUGAAGCUGUCCGUCUGA